AGCCUGGCUCAAGUCCAGGGGCUCCGGUGGGGCCAUGCCCUCCUCGGCGGCCGAUGGCAUCGGAGGGCGACGACGACGACGACGUAUUCUCCGCCUACGCCUGGGAGACCAAGCCGUGGGGCAGCUGCAGCGCGGCCUGCGGCCCGGGCGUGCGAGCGCGCCAGGUGACCUGCGUGCACCCGUGCAGCCUGAUAUACGGCUGCCCCGAGGUGGCUGCCGAGCUCUGCCUGGACUCGAAGCCCGCCGAGGAAGAGGCGUGCCAGCUUGCCGUCUGCACCACCACCGUGGCCACCACGCGGACGUAUGUCACGUCGUCUUCCUCCACCGUGACGACGCGGACGUCCACCACGGUGACGAACACCCUGGAGGGGAAUUGGCAGCACAUGGCGAGAAUACAGGGGAGGAGGCAAACCGAAUAUCCCGGAGAAUACAGGACCCCCCUGAAACAUUGAGAUUUGAUUACCCCGGGCCAAGGCAGAGUUGUUCGCGGGAAAGGGACGGCGAGGACGAACAUUAUCUCUUCG